UGAUUGGCCGCUCCGUCACGUCAAUCACGCGUGCAGACGCCCUUUUAUAAUGCAGCAUGGGGCAAAGAACGUAACAAAAUGAAGGCUUCUUCUUAGAUAUAGCUCAGAGCAGAUCAAACGAUUCCCGGUUAUUCACGGAUGGUGAGACAUAAUGCCGAUAGUGGACAAGCUCAAAGAGGCUCUGAAGCCGGGCCGCAAGGACUCCAGUGACGAGGGCGACCUGAACAAGUUGCUGGCUUCAUCCGCAAAGAAAGUGCUUCUGCAGAAGAUCGAGUUUGAACCUGCAAGUAAAGGCUUCAGCUACCAGCUGGAGACCCUCAAGACAAAAUAUGUGAUCCUGAAUCCCAAGAAUGACGGAGCUGCGGCGCAGAGACCGACUGAACCUGCUCAGAUCAAGAGACAACUCUUGGAGAGCUUGAGCGACGGGCACACGGAUGGGAUCCCUGCUCCGCAGAAGAUGCUCUUCCCUGGAAACAAGCUGUCCAUGAAGUGGGAACGGGUGUAUCGGGUUGGAGCCGGCCUCCACAACCUGGGCAACACCUGCUUCCUCAACUCUACCGUGCAGUGUCUCACCUACACCCCGCCGCUGGCCAACUACCUGCUCUCAAAGGAGCACAGCCGGUCCUGUCACCAAUCUGGAUUCUGCAUGAUUUGUGUAAUGCAGAACCACAUCAUCCAAGCCUUCGCCAACACCGGCAAUGCCAUCAAACCUGUAUCGUUCAUCCGAGAUCUGAAAAAAAUUGCUCGCCAUUUUCGGUUUGGGAGUCAAGAGGAUGCCCAUGAGUUUCUGCGUUACACCAUUGAUGCCAUGCAGAAAGCUUGUUUGAACGGUUAUCCCAAACUGGACAGACAAACACAGGCCACCACGCUGGUCCACCAGAUUUUUGGGGGUUAUUUGAGGUCUAGAGUGAAGUGCUCUAUGUGUAAAAGCGUGUCAGAUACGUAUGACCCAAACCUGGACAUUGCUCUGGAGAUUCGGCAAGCGGUCAACAUCGUUCGUGCUCUGGAACUAUUUGUCAAGCCUGAUGUUUUGAGUGGCGAGAAUGCCUACAUGUGUGCCAAAUGUAAAAAGAAGGUUCCAGCGACUAAGAGGUUCACAGUCCACAGAACAUCAAAUGUGCUGACGCUGUCACUUAAACGGUUCGCCAACUUCAGUGGAGGAAAAAUUACCAAGGACGUUGGCUACCCAGAGUUCCUGAACAUUCGCCCGUACAUGUCCCAGAGCACAGGCGAUCCGGUGAUGUAUGGCCUCUAUGCUGUCCUUGUGCAUUCAGGGUACAGCUGCCAUGCUGGACACUACUACUGCUACGUCAAGGCCAGUAAUGGACAGUGGUACCAGAUGAAUGACUCAAUGGUGCAUUCCAGUAACAUCAAGGUUGUCCUUAAUCAGCAGGCCUAUGUCCUCUUUUACCUGAGGAUCCCUGAAAAGAAAAAUACAGAUGCUUCUAAUAUAAAGCAGAACAUGGUGCACUCUGGGAGAAAUAAUAUGACACCAGAGCAGCUGAAGAAAAGCACACUCAGUGGUCCUUUGUCUUCACCACAUGUUACAAAGAAGCUUGAUCCUGCUCUGCUGAGGAAAAUCCAGUCAGUGGAUGGGGGUCUUGGUAUUCCAGUAGUGAGAAACUCUUCAGGGGUCCAAUCGCCGAAGAUGUCUAAUGGUACGGGGAACUCCCAUGCCCCGCCUAAGCCGGCCAGUGGACCCACAAUGAUCGAGGAGCCCUUUAAGAAAGUGAAGAAGCCCAUACCUCAGCCUCUGUCCCAUAGAAGCACUACUGCUCCAUCCAACGGCCUCCCCAAACCUGACUCUGACAAGAGGAGCAACAGCGAGGGCCGCGGCCUGCCAUCAUCUACCUCACUCAAAUCCCUGUCUGAUAGCUCCUCAGCAGACACCUCCUCUGAGUCUAAAGAGUCUAUUGGCACGAGGAGCGCGCCUGUUGGCAGCAUGUCUGGUGUGAACAGUCCAGCAUCUCCAGCUAAGAGCACAGAGCGUGUGACCUCAGAGGAGCAGAAGAUGAUGAAACUCAAACCCCAGGCCCUCACCAAUGUCUCAUCAGAGCCCGUCAGCACCAUGUCCCCGCCGCCCGCCAAACGACUCGCCCUGUCCGCCAAGAAGGCCACUCCCCGGCAGAGCCCGAGCAGCAGCACUGAGGCCCCGCCCAAUUCAUCUCAUCAUCUGUCCAGUGACCCCUCUCACCUUCUCAGCCGGGCCUCAACCCAACCGCACCACAGAUUUUCAACUCAUUCGCUCAACCUGCAAUCUUCACAUUCAACUGACCAUCUUAAAGAAUUGAAAAGUCCCCUUAAAAGGCCCUCCUCCACUCUGGAGCUGCCCGCUCAUGCUUGCUUUCCGCAGACCAAUGGUUUUAAGCCCAGUACACCCAGACCAAUUCAAUGCCAGGACCCAUCAGCCUCAGCUACAGGAGUACCCCAGUUACUCAGUCCCACUCUUAAAAAGAAGAAAAAGAAACUAAAACGACGACAUUCAGAAGUAGAGCACGACGCCCCUAAAGCCUCGCCCCCAGAAGAACCAAAGCCAAGUACUGAAAACAGAAAGAAGAAGAAAAAGAGGAAAAGGGAAAAAGAUGCAAAUGGUCUUGAGCCCCAUCAGGAUGAGGACUGGUGUCUUGGAGAGACUUGGACCAUCGUUUCAGAAGCCAAAGAAAAGGAGUCUGAGACAUCUAGAGCAGCAGAUAACCGUGAGACCAAACCUCAGUCAGUGUCUCCGAUUGACCAGCAAGAGACGGACCCCGUCCCGAAGAAGAAAAAGAAGCACAAACUCAAAGAGCAGCUUAAAGAGAUCAGCAAUGGAGCCGUGACUUCAAAGUGUGCUGUUGUAAAUGAGGUCAGUGGUGCAGACACAGAGUGCCUAGGAGAGACCAAGACGAAAAAGAAAAAGAGAAAACUAAAAGAUUUCAGAGAGGAGGAUGAGAGACCGAGGAAUAAAGAAAAACUUCACCUGGAGCUUCAAGAGACCAAUGGAGUCGAGUCUCCUAGUCAGAUGGACAAUGUGGUCAAGCAGAAAUCUGGUAAUCCUAGCACAGCUGCCGUGAUCGUUUGGGACAGCCAGGUAAAAGAUGGCUACAAGCGCAACCAGAAACAUCGGGAAGCAGAGGGCACAUCGAGAAAAGACCCAUGCUCUGCUCAUAUGGGCUGGGAUGGCAAGAAAAGCUGUGAUGUGGUCGAGGAGCUCCUCAAGAAUUCCUCAAAUAAAGCUUAUGGGACUGAGGUCCUCAGUUGGGAAGGAGAUCUGUCAGCCGUUAGCAGAGAUGCUGCAGAGGAUGCACGCUAUGCCCAAAACGAGACCGUCAUUGACGAGUGGGACAGGGAGUUUGACAGUGGAAAAGUAAAGAAAAUAAAAAAAUACAAAACGGAGAAGAGGAGAAAGGGAAAUGUCUUCCAGAAGAUCCAAGAGCAUCGUAACAAGUGGUCAGUCACACCGGGAGGCAGACGGAGCAGUCUGGGGUUUCGCCAUUGAAAGUUUUAAAUGUGCCCUGACCAGACCAGUUGUCUUAUUGGAUCAGCAGGAGUCGCAUCUGUCCGAGGUUCUUCUGAAGAACACAAGAGCGCAGCAGUACUGUGAAAUCAAGCGAUGAGCCUGAGGUCUUCUCCUGAGGCUUUAGUCACCGUCUGAAAUCCAAAACACACACCACUAGCAGUGCCAUAAUGAUCUUAGGAUCAUAGGAAAUACGAUAAACCGGAGAGUUUGCACCCUGUUAUAACCUUUAAUGAUCUGAAUUAUUCUUAUUGUAAUGAGAUUAAAUGUUUACCAGUGACUGAUUAUUUAGAGCAUUCAGGCUGUGAUGGCCACUGAUGAAAUCGACCUGAUCUGAGGUCUUUUAUUGAGAAGAAAACCCUCGCAGUUUCUAAAAAUGGGGAGAAUGUAGCCCCUCGCUCAAAUGACUCCACCAAUAUCAUUGUUCCCUUCAUGGAAUCCUUUUGUUCGCUAAAUUAUUUAGCUUUUUCGUAUUUGGGCCAGAUGUUAUCAGGCAGUUGUUUGCCUGAAUGGAUCAUCUCUCUGUUGGAGGAAGUAGUGUUUCCACAGACACAGACCUGCUUGCAAUACAUUCAGUACAAAACCUGCUUGAAUCCUAGUCCUCCUCCAACUCCCCUUUGCAGUGUUCGAUUUUUGUCGUACUUUUACACAAGUCUUUUGUGACCAUUUCCGCCGUUUUUAUAAGAUUUCUUCCACCGUUUCCAGUCAGACGACGUUGGUCUUUUAUGCACAGAGCUGCAUACAACAAUGCAAUACAUUUCAUCCAUGUGAGCUAAAACACAAAAAACAUGGGCCUUAACACAAACCACUGUGUUUUUGUGGAGUAUCCCUUUGUCUUUGGUUUAGCGUCUCUUUCCUGUAUCUCUUUCCUACUUUCUAUGCAACUACAGCAAUCCCUCGGAUGCCCUGCGAAGGGUUCAGUCCAGGGAAAAACUCGACAAAAGCUGGUCCAAAUGUCAUCUGUCCGUUCGCAAUGCUAUUAUACAUUGUGUCAGAAUGAUGUACAUGCUUAUCCACUGAAGAGCGUCACUGGAGUAAACCAAUGUGGAAGCUUUCCUAUUUAGGACAUUGUACAGUCUACCUUGUGCUCUCCGUGCCCUCCUCCUGUCAUCCUUUCAUGAAUCCUUGGGUUUUAGAAAAGUUGCCUUGGUUUUAUUUUAAAAAAAUGAAUAGAACAUGUUGCAAAUUAUACUUAUUAAAACAUGUUCACAUGCACAGUGCUAAACUGAAGCCUAAUGGAUUUAAGGUGUGUGGAGUUGUAAAUGGGGAAUUUUAUUAACCAAUAGAUGUGUGUCUGGAAGGUCUUGUUCUGGACCCAGACACAGAGCGUUCUGUAGGAUGUGUCUGUAUUCUCUUAGAACAGAGAUGUUCUUUUCAGAGACUGAAAGCUGAAGAACACACGAGUGUCUUUGUCAUAUUUGAACUGAUAGUUCUGUACCUAAUGCCUUUUCUGAAAACACAAAGUCAUUCAGUAUUGCAAACACAUAAAAAUAUACUGGUGCAAUAAAAUUGUGAUUUUA